ACGUGUGUGUCCGCCGCCCUCCUCGUGCAGCCGUUGCCUCGUGUGCUGUACUGGCCUUCAAAACCACCCCAACAGUACACGUCAUUCUCAACGCACCCAAGCCAAGCCGACUCUCGCCGCUGGCACUGCACUGCCCUUUGGCCCGCAAAGCUGAACUGACUCGGACAACAAAGCCCACAAUCGCUCCCACACCGACACUGCUCUCCAGUCUGUGACUUUUAGUAGUACACAGAUAUGUCUGUUCCAACGCAGCUAGCUUACCGCACCUCCAAGGGCAUCGGAAUCCUCAACGCCGCCCCAGUAUAUGAACAACUGGCUGGAUUCGUUCGCCCGGAAGGCAACCUUCGAUGCUGCUGUUACAGCCCAGACAGCCGGUAUUUCGCAUGGGCAUCACCCGAACAGGUUUCGGUCAUUGAUUGCUCUGUCGGCUACAUCGUUGCGACACUGCCUACCCCAAACGUCUUCGAGCUUGGUUUCUCGCCAUUGGGAACCUACAUUAUAACAUGGCAGCGGCCUGGGAAAGACGACGACGGCAAUGCUAUCAAGAAUCUGAAGGUCUGGAAGACGCUGGUUGGAGAGGAUGAAGAGCCAACAAUGGUGGGCAAGUUCGUGCAGAAAUCACAAACUGGCUGGAAUCUGCAAUACACGUCCGACGAGAAGUUUUGCGCUCGCUCAGUGACGAACGAGGUGCAGUUCUACGAGUCUGGAGACUUGGGGACGGUCUGGAACAAGCUCAUUGUUGAGGGGGUCACGACUUUUGGGGUCUCGCCUGGCAAGAACCAUUCAGUUGCUGUUUUUGUUCCGGAGCGGAAAGGCCUUCCCGCCGCCGUCAAGCUUUUCCAAGUUCCCCAGUUCAACUCUCCAGUAUCACAGAAGACAUUCUUCAAAGGGGACAAGGUUCAAUUCAAAUGGAAUGAGUUAGGCACGAGCGUAAUUGUUCUUGCUCAAACAGAAGUCGACAAGACGAACAAGAGCUACUACGGCGAAACAAACAUGUAUGUUCUUAGCGCCAGUGGUGGAUUCGACUCCAGAAUUCAACUCGACAAGGAGGGCCCGAUCCAUGAUGUAUCAUGGUCACCAAACUCGAAAGAGUUCGGUGUUGUGUACGGGUACAUGCCAGCUAAAACCACCAUAUUCAACGCACGUGGCGUUGCGACCCACAGCUUCAAUCUCGCACCGCGCAAUACGAUACUAUUUUCCCCUCACGGUCGGUUUGUUCUUGUUGCUGGAUUUGGAAACUUGGCAGGACAGAUGGACAUCUACGAUCUUGAAAAAGAUUAUGCGAAAGUAUGCACUAUCGAAGCAAGCAACGCCAGCGUCUGCGAAUGGAGUCCAGAUGGCAAACACAUCCUCACAGCAACCACGAGCCCUCGUCUCCGUGUCGACAACGGAAUCCGUAUCUGGCAUGUGGGAGGUGGCAUUAUGUACAACGAGGAGAUGACCGAGCUGUACCACGUCACCUGGCGCCCGCAGUCGACGCUUACACAUCCGCUGGAGGACCCGCUCCAUCCGGUCCCUACGCCGCACGCUUCUGCUCUGGCUUACCUUGGCACGGUGAAAACGUCGUCUAAGCCUGCAGGAGCAUAUCGUCCCCCUGGUGCUCGCGGAACUAGCACACCGCUGCACUUCAAGCGCGAAGACGAAGGCGGUGCGGCGUAUAGCAACAACGGCAUCUCGUCGACUUCCGGAAACAGCUCCAAUGGUUUCGGCAAACCCCGUCGUCGUGAGGUUCCUGGUGCAGAGCCAGUCGAGCCACUUCCUCCCGGCGCCGCGCCUGGCGGAGGCGUCAGUCUCACCGGAACUGGAGAAGGCGAGGAGGCGCUCUCAAAGGCCGCACUCAAGAACAAGAAGAAACGCGAGGCAAAAAAAGCUAAAGAGGCGGCUGAACGAGCAGCAGGACUAGCAGCGGGUGCAGAUGGCGAAACUCCUAACGGCCCUGCUAACCCAGGCCGGCCUGAGCAAAGAGGGGGACCACGUCACGAACGCAGCAGGAGCAAGAACGGAGGCUUCGGCAGCCAAGGCGGCGGGAGGAGCCCGAGCCAGCAGCGUGGUUAUCAAGGCCAUAGUCCGCAUCGCCGCAACAACUCCGGCUACGACGAGAAUCAGAACCAGAACCAGAAUCAGUAUCAGAACCAGAACUACAACAACCGCUAUCAGCAGCAGGGCCAGCAAGGGCAGCAGCAGCAUCACUCACGUGCAGGAUCCGGGUACCAGGCCGGACCAAGACAGCCUCAGCAACCUCAACAGCCUCAGCAGCAGGCUCCUCAAGCUGCCACUGCACCGCCGCCUCGAACUCCGCCGAUACAGCUCCAGACGCAAACCCAGACACCGGCUAUCGUGCCGGACCUUGCCGUCACGUCGCCUGGUGGUGGUGGCAGUCCGCAGGAUAAGAAGGUGCGGUCUUUGCUGAAGAAGAUUCGCGCGAUUGACGAUUUGAAGAUGCGCCAGGCGGGUGGGGAGAAGCUGGAGGAUACGCAGGUUAAGAAGAUUGGGACUGAGGAGUCGAUUCGGAAGGAGCUGAGGGGGUUGGGAUUUACUGAGUAAACUCGUGUGGAUGGAGGGGAGGUACCCGAUCUGUGAUAUAUCGAUCUGUGAUCUAUCAUAGAUGCGUCGCUGCGGUGCGGCGGGGAUGAGGUAGAUGGGAAUGAGAUUGAGAUGAGGGGGCUCACGCCUGCUGGUUGGGUGAGUGUAGAUAGAGACACUGAACGGAAAUUAUUGAAAAAAAAAGAUAAAAGUCGG